ACCCUCGAGUACGAGAUGACAGCGGACGGCUGUAUGGUAGAUAGAGUUCCGAGAGAGGAGGAUGAAACCUUCACCGUCACAGGAUCCGGCCCCUGCAUCACCUACAAGUGCCAAAAAAGAAAGGUCCGCCUGGUGACAGGAUCCUCAUCAUGCCAAGAUGGCGACACCUGCAACUCUGGAGAGUUCACUUCCGGCUGUAACACGUACACCUGUGCUGUAGCCGGUCAGACGAAGAGGAAUGAUCAACAGGUUAUCGUCACACAGACUGUCGCACUUGUUGGAACAGAGCAAUGCUACGUGCGUGGAGGCUGCUACUCUCUCGACACUGAAAUACCGACGUCUGCAGGGACGUGUGUGUGUGCCAGCUCCACCGACAUCACAUGUGAACCCAACUUGCUGGUCGACCCUUCGGUUUAUGGCCAACUAGGUUAAC